ACAAGCAAGUCCCAAAAUUUCCGCUUUCGCUUUAUUAAGCCUCAGCCCAGCUGGAGUCCCUUUCAUUUCAACCCGCAAUGACUCAGCUACAGAAUGGGGAUGCUCUUAUCUCGGCAUCGGCCAGUAUGCUCACUAUUCAAGAUGCUGUACUAGAUUCUCCCAUAUUCAGGGCCAACAUCGCCCACAUUGAAGAUCAAGUCGACCAGAUUCAGCUGUGGUUAGAGGGUCUGACCAAGCAGUUGAGACUGUAUCUCGACGAACUUAACAAGUUCAAUCUGUCUACCAACGCAUUAUGCAAAAAAGCUAUACCGCAAGGCAUUGACGAGUCGCUUCUCGAUUCCGACUUUACUAGUGGAAUAAUACGAUCUUUUACUGAUGCUCUUCAAACCAGUCUUGCUUUCAAGUCUAAACUGGUCACGGAUGUGGAGGAAGAGUUACUACAGCCUUUGACGCAAUUUCUAAAGACGGAUGUAAAGGAGUUCAAGGAGUACCGAAAGCAAAUGGAAAAGCAGCUAUCAUCCUAUGAAUCUCAAUUGGCAAGGUAUAGCGUACUCAGCAAGACAAAAGAAGCAUCAGCUCUGCGGGAAGAUGCAUUCCAACUGCACGAAGUUCGAAAAGCAUAUGUUCGAAUGUGCAAUAACUAUGUCACGCAUAUCAUUGCUUUUCGGACAUACCUGGACCGAGCCAUAGUGACAUGUUUCACUGGAGCCACUGUAGCGCAUGUUGAAGAUUUGGAAGGAGCUCAUGAGGUUUGGCAAAAGCUGAAAUCUUCUAUAGGUGCUUGGCGGCGUUGGCUUAUCGAGAACCGGCAGACCUGCGAUUUUCAAUUACAAAAAUUGCAGAAGACCAGAAAACGCAUCGAAAGCAAUUACCUCAAGCAGGUUCGGCCAAGUCGCGAUUUAGAGGAUUACAAUCUCACCGCUGCCUCAGCCGCUGGAAGCAGUGCCAUAGCCUCUCUUACCGCUCUAUCGCCAAGCGAUUCCGCCGCAUUUCACAAGCAGAAGUUAGAGGAGUUGGUAGCGACCUCUUCUAAACAAGGCUACCUGUUCAACCGCAUUGUCGUUGGAAAGCCUGCUAGAUAUUCUUGGGUGAGAAAGUGGUUUUUCUUGCACGAUGGCUGGUUUGGCUCAUGCAUCGUAGGAACUACAAACAAGAUCAAGGGCACCAUCACCGUGAAUGAUCGUGUUAGUGUUCUACUUUGUGAUAUCAAGGUUGUUUCUGAUCUCGACCGACGUUUCUGCUUUGAAAUUGUGUGUGCCCAACAGCCAUCUUUCAUGCUGCAGGCUGAGACAGAAGAGGAUAUGCAGAUUUGGAUUACGGCUUUCAAUAGCAGCAAACGACUCGCCUUGGAAAAUACCUAUGGAGGAAAUUCGAGUCCGUCAGAGAAGAAUUCAGAUGGGGAAAAAUCAGAUGCCAUAUCUAAGUCAUUGAACUUGGUUUCGUCCAAAGCAAAGUCCACUACGGUGGUCACCACUGACGCCAGUUUCCCUUCAACUGCGACAUCCACCACUAUCUUACCAUCUGGAGAAACCGCUACAACCACAUCUAUAGUCACACCGUCCAUCCAAUCUUCAGGUUAUUUCCCUAAAGCGGCUGGCAAGAACUUUAUGAGCACUAAAACCCUCUCUACCAGUAGUUCCCUUACAUCUCUUUUGGUUCGAGAUGUCUCUAAAGACAACUUGCAUCGCUCACCAAGUGGUUCACCCACUAUUGGUUUAAAUCCUAUGAAUACAUCCGUUACAACUUUAUCAGGAAACAAGGAAGAUGAAUCUCGGCCUACAACCCCCGGUCAACAAAAUCCUGCCGAUGGACAAAAUUCAACUUGGGGAAUACCAUGGGCUCUCGUACCUGGAAUUAACAUGUUUUCCAAUCCCUCGGAAGCGGGUACUGAAGCUGCAAAUGGAUCGUCGCCCAUUGAAUCGAAAUCAAUGGUCGUUUGGCCAGCGCAUAUCGACGCAGAUGUCGAAAAAGUCAAUCUUAGCGGAUAUGAUACCAGUAUGGAAUCCAAAAAUCAAGAAUUGAGGCGUCUAUUUGGUGGAGUUGGCUCAGAAGAAGUUGUUGUUGAUGCUUUUCUGGCUUCUCUUCAUCGGCCGGCUUCCAGCGAGAGCACCGAACCUGCCUACGACGAUCCGCCUAUGACUCCAGUCACACCAUCAAUACCAGAUAUACCCAUCAAGCUAGAUUCAGAAAUCCAAGAAGUACCUCUAUCCAGCUAUGGACACGCCUACACAGGAAGAGCUUUCUUAACACAGGAAACUUUCUGGUUUUACAGUUGCAUGAUGAUGACGUGCGUUAACACGAUUGCUGUUAAAUUGAAGGACAUACAAUCUGUCCGCUUGGUGCGUGAUCCUUCAGUAGCUGGUCACGGUAGUGGGACGAAGGACGAUAUUGCAUUGUCCCUCACCAUCAAAGAAGGAGAGGAAACCACUCAAUUUGUACUGAAAACGCUUAUGCAUGAUGUUGAGGCUGUUGCCGAACGAAUGAGACUGGCCAUUGAUAAUGCUAAAUCAGGACAAGGAAUGCCACUGCAAGACUUAUAUGACAUCAUCCAAAGUAUUGCUGUAUCGCGCAGUCGAUCAAAGGAUAGUCAGCCCACUACCAUCAUAUCAACUUCAAAAAGCGCACAAGUUCAAGGACCAUCCAAAGUUUCGGCGAAUGGAUCUGAAGCUACCCUAGUUGAUAAGGCCGCAUCUAAAGACAAAAAAGAGGCAAAGGAGGCCAAACCUAAGAAAGCACCUCGAAAGACUUCUAGUGGUAUCAAGCCUAUGCCUGCUACUUCAGGCGCCCUUGCGGCAGCUAUGAUGGCGGCCACCGCAGUUGCUGGUGGUAGCAAGUUCUUUGACGAGACUCAACUAAGCAAAAAACCAGACGAUACAAGUCACACCGCUUCUCCAGCGGCUGGUGUGGAAUCGAGUGCAGAUGUAACGGCAGAUGCCUCUACGGCCAAUACAUCAGAUGUAGAUGACUUGCCCGCUAAUGUGAAAGAGCCAUCGGGUCCAGUAUCAUGCGAUUGCAAGGAUCAUUUGGAUAAAUUAGAGGGUGAAAUUGAAGUUCCUGUUUCAGCCAAGAAGUUGUUUGAGUAUCUAUUUUCAGAUGAGCAGACCGGACCAAGCGCAAACGGUGGUGCAUGGAACAAAAUGAACACGUCCAAGGGUAAUAGUGGGCUUUCCGUAACCAAAUGGAAUAACAAUGGCGAAGGAAAGCCAGAGCGUGUACUCAAAUAUAUUAUGCCAGUGAACAACCCUAUGGUCAAAGUAAAGGAUACUGAAGUUGUGGAAACACAAACCAUUGUCAAACAAGAUAGUCACUUAUGCUAUGUAGUGACUGCCUCGACCAAGACUGCACAACUACCAUAUGCCGAUGCUUUCGUACCCUGCCUCCGGUUCUGCAUAACAUGGGUCAGUAAGAAAAAGUGUAAGCUGACUUGUCAUAUCGGCGUCAAAUGGCUCAAGAGUAUCAUGGUUAAAAGUAUGGUGAACAAGGCUGCUCUGAAGGGUAUGGGGGAUACGAUUGCUGCUUUACUUCCUAUCGUGAAGGCGGAUGCACAAAAACUCGGCCAGCCAGCAGGAAAAGUUUCGGGUGGAGACCUGGACAUGAAGGAAGAUGUAACGGCUCAGACAUUAGCGACGGACAAUGUGAAAGGCAAAGAAGAAGCAGCAAAUAAAAAGGUUGUUCAAGAGAGCGCGUUCUUCUCUUGGAUGCCUAGCCUCCAUGGGUUAUCGAUUCCUCAAAUGGCCAUGGCCGCUCUUGUCCUAACUUUAUUAAUAUGGCGCUGGCAAGCGUCUGCCCCAAGCGACAAGAACAGCCUGCAGUCGCAAGUAGUUUAUUCCCGAGCAGUGUACCUUCAAGACAUUGAAAAGGAAUUAAUUAAUACGAAUCCUGCCCUAAGCGCUUCACAAAGUGUGGACAUGUUUUUGCAGUCUAGACCAACAUUUGCGGAUACCCCAGGUGCCAAUGGCACCCUCGCCCAAAAAGCAUCAACUUGGUUUACUUCUUACCAUCGACAUUUUGCGUAUGAGCUCUCUUUCACCCGAGAGAGAAUAGGAUUGCUUCGAUACGAUGUAAUGGUUAUAUUCCAAACUCUCAACAAUAUUGAGAAGCGGCUUUUGGAAACAGAAUAUGUGAAUUGGUUACUGGAUGGUCAAUUACGAUGUGCGUCAGAGGAACCGGGCGAGAGCAGUAAGACCUCUUGCAAAACGGUGGAGGAUCAGCUAGCAAAGUACAUAUAAUGCAGCUUUUCAAAAUGUAGAGAACAGCUGCCAUAGCAUUUUUUUUUAUCUUAUUACAAAAGUUAGGUCAAUAAAAUUUUGAAUCAACAUUACUUUUGCGACAUCACCUGAAUCAGAAAAUAGAAAGUAUGAGGGAGACGCCGUCGAAUCAGUUGACUGAUAUAGAGAAGCAGAACUUGGAUGAAAUCCCAGGCUCAGAACGACACUUUGUCAAUAUUCAUUUCUUUCAUGAAGCGAGCAUUAUGCUAGAUCU